AUGGCAACUAUAAGGAAAUAUCUUAGUAAAGAAAAAAAAAAGAAAAUCCUCAUUCUAGGAAAUAUUUAUCUAGUUACCCUUCUGAUUUGGACAUUACAAUGUUUUAAUAAUAAUUGUUUUUUGAAUAAGUCUGGUAAAGAUAAUGGAAGCUACUACAAUGCAGAAGAGAGUACAUCCCUUAAUAGAAUCAGAAACAGAUGUUUAACAGAACGGGGAAGUUUUAUUGGCCCCGAAAUGGACGUACUAAAAGACACAAUUGUAAAUUACCUCUUGGGUAAUAACAAAAAUAACAAUAAUGAUAAUAGGGAGGAAAUGAAACCAGAGGUGGUGGAACCAAGAUACGAUCCUCCUCCAAGGAACUAUCGUGGCCACCCUUAUCACAAUGGUCAUGAUGACAUUAGAACACAUGAGAAUUAUGAUAUAAGAGAAGGACAUAUUCAUGGUAAUCAUAGUCGUCAAGGUCCAGAAGUAGUGUCAUAUUACAUACCAGAAGGGGCAUCGGAUAAAGACCGAAUGAUACAACCUAUUUAUUAUCCAAGGCAACGACAAUCACAGAGAAUUCCAUGUAAUGAUAAUAGAAGUACCUCCAUCAUAGGUUAUUUAAAGUACUUUCUACUGGAACAGCAGUUAUUCGGUUCGCCCGUUUUAAAUAAAAUGGCUCCAAUUUUUUUUUUAAUGUUUCUUUACUACGUAAUAUCAGCUAUUAUAAGCAAUUUCCGUCAUAUUAUAGCGCUAUAUUUCCUGGCCAAAAUAGUGAAAUUGCACUAUAACAGUAAUAAUAAUUAA